AUGGUCAACAACGUCAUCAAGAACCAGAAGCUCUUCCAGUCCCAGCCCAACGUGGCUCUGUGGAAGCGACACCCCCGAUCCAAGUUCCUGCUGUACCCCUUCUACGCUUGUUUCGCCGUCUCCAUGGGCGUUUCCGUCUGGUACACUGGCCGAACCAUUCUUGUGAGUAGUAUUGAUAUGUGGAGAACAUGA